AUGACCAAAUGGAUCCACAGAAACUUCUUUCCGUGCUUCUUUGGCCGCUCUUGUCUGAUUCCCAACACGGGCUACAUCGCCGAGAGUGCUACCAGUCUGCUGGACCGCCAGCUUCAGACCCACAUAGUCCCUUACACAGAUAUCGUGACACUCUCGUCAGACAGCUUCUACUAUCCCUUCUACGAGAAAAUCGGCUACGUGCUGCGCAAGAAGAAGCCCAGACACAAGGUCGGCUCCUUCCAGCUGUAUUUGGACGGCUACGUGGGGGCAGACGAAUUUUUCAGAAGACACCCGCUCCCGCAUCAGGGCCCGGCACAAACAGCCACCACCCAGACCGCCGGAACGUUCGAAUGGACCGCAGACACGCUUUCGCAACUACAGCGGGAGAUCGAAAAACUUGUCAUUCUCGACUUCAUCGUCAGAAACACCGACCGUGGCCUUGACAACUGGAUGCUCAAGAUAGAGCACGAGAACGGCCGCGCGCAGGUCCGGCUCGGGGCCAUCGACAACGGGCUGUCGCUGCCAUGGAAGCAUCCAAACGAGUGGCGGUCGUUCCCCUUUGGAUGGCUGUUUCUUCCAAUCUCCAUCAUUGGCCAGCCCUUCUCUGUGCAGACAAGAAACCAUUUUCUGCCCCUGCUGACCUCGAAGGCGUGGUGGGAGGACACGAGCGUUCUGUUGCGCGAGAUGCUGAGCCGCGACCCGGGCUUCAAAGAGCGCAUGUUUCGCAAACAACUGGCUGUACUGAAGGGACAGGCUUGGAACGUGGUGCAAACGUUGCUGGUGCCGGGCCAGAGCCCGCUGGACCUGGCACGCAAGCCACGCAUGCUGGUGGAGGACUCUGAGAUCGAGGUGCCGUUCACCAACCCGAUCCCGAUGAUUGUGAACGCGAUGGAGUCCUCGAUCACCGACAGCUCCAUUCCCGUCGGCAAAGACCUGCAGAACAACUGGAACUCGUAUUUGUCCGGCAAGAUCGAUGAGUCCAAGUGGGAGGAGGGAAACACCAGCAUCCUGGAUCAGGGAAUCCAGCUGGUUAGCGUGGGGACGAAAACGGUGAUUGUGGAGCGGCUGCAGCCGGUGACUUCGCGACCACCCGUUUUUACAUGUUGUUAA